AUGAGCAAGAGGAAGAGUGAGCAUUACUCAAAGAGCAAGGGGAAAAGAUUCAAGAGUGGCUCCAAUCUACUAGGUCCUCAUACAGCGGGGAUUUACGCAACCUGUCCUCGAGGAAAGGAAAAGCAAUGUCGACGGGAGCUAAUCAGUGUACUUUCUGAAAAGAUUUCCAAGUACUUCGACAUUUCUAAAGAGGGUGACGAAGACAGCGAGAACAAGAGACCAGAUUCGUUGUCCAUAGAGGAAAAGAUACAACAGGAGCUUCUGGAGAUGAAGGAGGCCAAUGAUAACCCCCAAGCCAGCUAUUUGCAACCACUUGAUAUUGAUGUCGAAUGUGUUGUGUUCAUCGAAACUAAAAUGCCAAUCGAUCCAGUGUUGCUCGUCCAUGAGUACGCAAAAGAGUGUUUUACAUCAGGUGUAAAGACUACCAGAAGCACGCAGAAACUCACUCCAAUAAGCGAUUCAUGUAGUGCAACUGGGGAUGUAGAGGAACAUCUAAAGGAGUUAUCCAGACAUGUGUUGAAGGAUCAUUUUCACAAAGAUGGACAAGAUCCCGUCAAGUUUGCCAUUCAAGUAUCGAGGAAGCAUUUUGAUACACUUACCUCGGAGGCCAUCAUUAAGUCAGUGGCAGAAACAGUAGGACGUGAGCACGGGCAUACAGUGGACUUGAAAAACUACGAAAAGUUGAUAAUUGUGGAAUGUUAUAAGAACAAUAUCGGAAUGAGUGUUGUGGAAGAUUACUUGAAGUUUAGCAAAUUCAAUUUGCAGCAGAUCUACGACAAGACAGUGAACUAG